CCCACACCGGCCUCGCGACGCCGGGCCACGUGACCGCCCUCCGGAAAGGCGGGGUGAGUGGAAACGUGCGGGGCGGGGCGCUGGAAGCGGAGGCCUUUCGUCAUCAAGGUGCGACCAGAGGGUUGCGUCGCCUAGUGUUCGUCACCGCCCGGAGGUUCCGUCACCCGGCGAGAUGGCGGAGGUUGCGGUGCUGGCGUGGGUUCGCGGCCCCGGAACCGGGUGCAAGGCGCUGCCGUGUGCCUCGGCGAGGUGCUCCGUGCGCGAUGUUAUCUACCGACACUGCCAGGAAGAGGGAGUUCCUGCGGACUGCUUCUUUGUGAAAUGCAGUGGAGUCCUCGUUGCCGCCAGCGACACGGUGCAGCAUGGGGCUGUGUACAGUUUGGAGCCCAGGCUCUGUGGGGGGAAAGGAGGUUUUGGGUCUAUGCUUCGAGCUCUUGGUGCUCAGAUAGAGAAGACAACCAAUCGAGAAGCCUGCCGGGACCUCAGUGGGAGGAGAUUACGAGAUGUCAAUCACGAGAAAGCGAUGGCCGAGUGGGUGAAACAGCAAGCCGAGCGCGAGGCUGAGAAGGAGCAGAAGCGCCUGGAGAGGCUGCAGCGAAAGCUGGCGGAGCCCAAGCACUGCUUCAGCAGCCCCGACUACCAGAGGCAGUGCCACGAGAUGGCCGAGCGCCUGGAGGAUUCCGUCCUCAAAGGUAUGCAGGCUGCCUCCAGCAAGAUGGUGUCAGCAGAAAUCAGUGAGACUCGGAAACGGCCUAUCAAGUCAAAGACAGACCAGGGAGCAGGUGCAAAGAAAAGGAAAUGCUUUUGGUUGGGCAUGGAGGGACUGGAGGCCGCCGAGGGGUCCAGCGCUGGAAGCUCGGAUGAUGACAGUGAGGAAGCCCCUGGUACCUCGGAGCGGAGCUGCUGGGCUCCAGGAAGUGGUAGUGGUGCUGUGGAGGGGGCGGCCGACUGUCCUCACAGUCCUCAGAGCUCAGGAGUGAGUGCAGACUCCGAGUCCCCAGAAGAGCUUCCGAAAACCGGGACCGACCCUGGGCAGGACAUUUUGGAGAACACACGAACUGAGCUGGGAGAGACGUCUUCCAGGGAGCACAGCGAACCGCAGAUGGUCACAGAAACAGAAGAGACCCCAGCGAAGAAGAAGACAGAGAGUCCCAAACCCACACAAGAGGACCAAGAGACAGGAGUGAUUGGUGGGGACAGAACUGCCAUGACAGAAUCUGGAGAAGAUAGGAAAAGCGUCCCUGCUGCUGACCUGGAGAGAAGCCACUCAGGAGACACAGCUCUCGGUCGGGAAGCUGUGGACCUGCUGGCAUUCAGCUCUGUGUCGGAGUUGGAGUCGCUGGGCUUGGAGAGGCUCAAGUGUGAACUGAUGGCCCUUGGACUGAAGUGUGGGGGCACCCUGCAGGAGCGUGCAGCCAGACUCUUCUCUGUCAGGGGCCUGGCAAAGGAGCACAUUGACCCAGCUCUCUUUGCCAAGCCUUCCAAAGGGAAGAAGAAAUGAAUUCCCUCAGGCUCUCAUGCUUUUGACAAUUACUCUGGCUUGAUGUGGACUUGUGGCCCGUGCUCCUGUUGAUACUAAAAGCCAGUUUUUUAAUAA